CGUGGCAUGAGGGGCGGAAAUGCUUGUUUGAGCGAGUGUGUUUUGGUUCUAAAAAAGGGGAAGUUGCGAGAAAAAGGAAAGGUGGAGACCGGACCAGGGCCGAUUAAAUAAUUUACUUGUGUAUCAUAAAUAUUCCGAUCAAGGAGGUAUUCAGACGAGACACGUGGGCACAGUUAUUUUCAUAACAACCAGUUCUGGGAGUGACCGGUUAAGAAGCUCUUCUUCACAUCCAGAGCAGGAGACUGGGGUUCAGGUCAUGGCAAGUCGGGGAGGAGCUACAAGACCCAACGGACCUAAUGCUGGCAACAAGAUCUGCCAGUUCAAGCUGGUGCUCCUCGGGGAGUCGGCCGUGGGGAAGUCCAGUCUCGUGCUCCGCUUCGUAAAGGGCCAGUUUCAUGAGUUCCAGGAGAGCACAAUAGGAGCUGCCUUCCUCACUCAGACCGUGUGUCUGGACGACACAACGGUGAAGUUUGAGAUCUGGGACACGGCCGGACAGGAACGCUACCACAGUCUCGCACCCAUGUACUACAGAGGUGCACAGGCCGCCAUCGUGGUGUACGACAUCACAAAUGAAGAAUCAUUUGCAAGGGCAAAAAACUGGGUAAAAGAGCUUCAGAGACAAGCAAGUCCUAAUAUUGUAAUAGCUUUGGCCGGGAAUAAGGCUGACCUUGCUAACAAGAGAGCAGUUGACUUUCAGGAUGCACAGUCGUAUGCAGAUGACAACAGUUUGCUGUUUAUGGAAACGUCGGCAAAGACUUCAAUGAAUGUCAAUGAAAUAUUCAUGGAAAUUGCGAAGAGAUUGCCCAAAAAUGAGCCCCAGGCAGCUGGACCAAACAGCGGACGGCCCAGGGGUGUGGACCUCACUGAACCACCCCAGCCCACCAAGGGUCCCUGCUGUAGUAACUAACCACCCCCUUCAACCCCCCAAAAACACACACCUCACUUCCUAACUCUGGAUAACAUCUGGACCAGGGGCUCUUCUUCCCAAACUCACCCCCUGGUAUAGCUAAAGACUCUGUAUAGCUGCAUUUCUAAUACAAUUUGUUCUUUAUUUUUUGUUGUCUUUUUUUAAGUACUUCAGAAUUAUGGAUGCAUGUAUCACUACAAGGCCUAAACCAUACAUUUUUAACUUUUUCAGUGAUAAAAACUAACAAAGUGAGUGAAAGAUUUUUCUUUUCUUAUUUUUAGUAUUCAGUGGAAAUGAUGCUUUGAAGAGAGUGGCCUCCCAUCUCCUCUCUGCUUGCUAUGCUAAGUUCUCAGCAAGGGAGUGAAAGAGGUGUUAAUUAUGGACAUGGAUCUUAAGUUUGUUUUUUUAAUGUAUUCAUUACUUUCCAACAAAAUCUGUAGUAGCGCUAGAGCCAAGUUUUCAUGCUCAUGUAGGUCCCUGGGCAAUGCCUGGUUCUAGCAGUUCUUGCAGUUGUGCAAUGGUUUACAGUAUUGAUGCAGUGACUACUGUGUGCAAGGACCCUCAUUAGCACAAAGCAUUCCUCGCCUCAGUGGCUGGCUGAGUCCGUUUGCAGAAGGGUUUGGCAGAGAUGCAAGUUUCCGCAUCGUCUCAGCCCUCUGAAGCGCCUGAUGGCUCUGUAGGGACUUUCACCAGCGUGGUGACUGGGUGAAGGUUCAGGGCAUCCGCGAUGAGAACAGCAACCGGACAGCCCACAUGCCAUUCAGUUUCACAAACCGAAUCAUCUGUACUAGGAAGGUCCCAUUAUAGCCUAUAAAGGUUCUUAAUUAUUACAUUGUCUUUAAUGAGGAGGAAGAAAGAAAGAAAAAAAAAAAACACAGGUUUGUCCUAAACACUCCAGCUGUCUUUAAAAUUUUGAUGUUAAGGAAAUCAGUAAGUCUUUGAUUCUCAUGCCUUGCACUAACGAUGAAUAUUCCCUGUCUACUGCCUGUGUGAUAUAAACAAUAUACUGUAAAUAGGGUGUUGCAAUGUAGUCUACUUUUUUCAAUAUAUGACUUUGAGGACUAAUGCUUGAUAGGGAGUUGCCUAAGGAUAAUCAUAUAGUCUGUACAGUAACCAGGGGCAGCUCUACUAUGGGUCUGCAGUUUUUCACAAAAUGGUUAAAUUAUAAUCAAUGGUGGUCUUUAUAAAUGUAUGUAGUGUUAUUAACAAUUGAACAUGAAAUGCAUUUCUUUAGUGGUCUGUCUUGUACUUCUCUCAAAAUUGUCUGUUCAUCAUUUUGAUCAUUUAUUUUGCAUUGCACUAAUUUUAGUGAUUGGACAACACCCCAUUCAAUAUCAAACUUAGCAUUUAAAUCAACAUUGGAUUUGUACUUUACUGCUGAGGCAAGACAAGUAGCUGAACUGAGAAACUAAUUGGCAGUUGCAUUCUUACAACCAAACAGGUUAAAUCAGUGAUGUAACCACUUUAACCGUGAAAGACUGGUCAGUUCUAAUGUUCGAGUACGAGUUCAUGAAUAAAUAAUUUAAUAAACAGGAAUAUAUUGUAUACUUUCUUGCUGUGAACCUUUAGUGCAGCUCAAAUGUGUGAAUGCAACACAUUUCCAGCUCUUAAAAUGAACUGAAACUGGAAAUGUCUUCAGCUGGAAUGUUUUCCUGUUCAUUUAAACUGGUGUACACUUAAGUUUCACUAGCUUCUUUAGGCCUCUAUCUGUGUAGCACUGCAGUCAGUGAGCUGUUCUUUCCUCCAGUACAUAUACCUGCUGUUUGCACAAGUUUUCUAAAUGUCAGCUGAACGUUACAAGCAAGGUGUUUUUAGGCAUUUUUGUGGAUUCAUUUUAGCCAGUUGCUUCCUUUACCUCUGUGCUUAAUUCACCUGCAUCUGUGGUUUCCUGGUCCCUCCUCAUCCAUUCUAUUCAAGCCCAGCUGUGCGUAUGGGAUUUCUCGUUGGGUAGGUUUGAGUGGAGCUGGUUCAGUAAGAGCUCCUGGUGAAUCUAGCUUUAGAUUGAGAGUGGCCUGCUCAUCCAGGAUGCCCCACUAUCCACCAGGGGAAGAUGAUGACCUGGACGGAUUGAUUACACAGAAGGGACACAACACGGGGCACAAGAAUAACUGAACCAUCUGGUUUGUGAUCUUCAUGGUAACCAACUUUGUGAUUCAUCGGUUUGCCCCUCCAAGUGUUCCAAUGCUAGCGCAACCACGUAAAGGCUACCAGUUCUAUGUAUGUUUGCAUCCAAAGCCACAAUUAUCUGAAACCAAUACAGGGUCUGUUAUGUGGAGAAAAAAAUAUGUCUUCAGAGUUUUUUUUUGUUUUUGUUUUUGUUUGUAUUUUCUAAAUACAGUGAGUCAGGAAAGGCAGUUAAAAUUAAGCUAUAAGCAGUACUGGUUUUACAUGGGUAUUGUACGUUGGCUUUAAGAAAUUAAAGUUCACCAAAAAAAUAA